GGCGGCCCAAUGGAGGUGGAGAUGCUGUGCGGGCUGCGGGCGGGCUGGGGGCGCCGCCGAGCCGCGGACGCCGCCGCCGGCCCGGGGACGCGCACACUCGGCGGGGAGCCGGAGGCAGAGGCGGGCGCAGGCGGCGGCGCCGGGGCCGGGACUCUGGCAGGCGGCGGCGGCGGCUGGGAUGAGCCGGGGGGGCGGCUGUGGGGGCAGAUAGCGUCCCGCGGGGAGGCGGCCGAGUGGGGCUCGGAGCGGCGGCGGGGUCCGCCCGGCAGCGCCAUGGCGGCUCAGUGCGACCCGCUGAGCGGGUACCUGCAGCAGCCGCUCUCCGACCCGGGCUCCAACAGCGAGCGCAGCACCGACUCGCCCGUGCCCGGCUCCGAGGAGGACUCGGCCGGCCCGCCGCGGCCCCUGCACAGCCCCGAGUGGGGCGAGGAGCGAUUCCGGGUGGACAGGAAGAAACUGGAGGCCAUGCUCCAAGCUGCUGCAGAGGGCAAAGGGAAAAGUGGGGAAGACUUUUUUCAGAAGAUUAUGGAAGAAACAAAUACACAGAUUGCUUGGCCAUCAAAGUUGAAGAUUGGAGCAAAAUCGAAAAAAGAUCCCCAUAUUAAAGUCUCUGGAAAAAAGGAAAAUGUUAAAGAAGCAAAAGAGAAAAUCAUGUCGGUCUUGGAUACAAAAAGCAAUAGGGUAACCUUGAAGAUGGAUGUUUCACAUACAGAACAUUCUCAUGUGAUAGGUAAAGGUGGCAAUAAUAUUAAAAAGGUGAUGGAGGAAACAGGAUGCCAUAUCCAUUUUCCAGACUCAAAUAGGAAUAAUCAAGCAGAGAAAAGCAACCAAGUGUCUAUUGCAGGACAGCCAGCUGGAGUGGAGUCUGCAAGAGUUAGAAUUCGGGAGCUGCUUCCAUUGGUACUCAUGUUUGAAUUGCCUAUUGCUGGAAUUCUCCAACCAAUCCCAGAUCCUAAUUCUCCUACAAUUCAGCAUAUAUGUCAGACGUAUAAUAUUUCAGUUUCCUUUAAACAACGCUCUCGAAUGUAUGGUGCUACAGUCAUUGUCAGAGGGUCACAAAAUAACACUAGUGCUGUGAAGGAAGGAACAGCCAUGCUUUUAGAACACCUAGCUGGGAGCCUGGCCUCUGCAAUCCCUGUGAGCACGCAGUUAGACAUUGCAGCGCAACAUCAUCUCUUUAUGAUGGGUCGAAAUGGCAGUAAUAUCAAACAUAUCAUGCAGAGGACUGGUGCUCAGAUCCACUUCCCUGACCCUAGUAACCCACAGAAGAAAUCCACUGUCUACCUCCAGGGCACAAUUGAGUCUGUCUGUCUUGCCAGGCAAUAUCUCAUGGGUUGCCUUCCUCUUGUGCUCAUGUUUGAUAUGAAGGAAGAAAUUGAAGUAGAACCACAGUUUAUAACACAGCUAAUGGAGCAGUUAGAUGUCUUCAUAAGCAUUAAGCCAAAGCCAAAGCAACCAAGCAAGUCUGUGAUUGUAAAAAGUGUGGAACGAAAUGCCUUAAAUAUGUACGAGGCACGGAAAUGUCUCUUGGGACUUGAGAGUAGUGGAGUCACCAUAGCAUCAAAUCCCUCUACUGUCUCGUGCCCUGUUGGCCUGUCUUGUCCUGGUUUGGAUAUUUUGUCUUCAGCAGGACUAGGACUCACUGGGCUUGGCCUUUUAGGACCAACAGCCCUGUCAGUCAACACCUCAACUGCUCCAAACUCUCUGUUGAAUGCCCUUAAUAGCUCUGUGAGUCCCUUGCAGAGUCCAAGUUCAGGCACGCCUAGUCCCACGUUAUGGGCAACAUCUCUUGCUAACACAAAUGCCACAGGUUUUUCUGCUAUUCCACACCUAAUGAUACCAUCUACCGCCCAAGCAACCUUAACUAGUAUUCUCCUGUCUGGAGUACCUAAUUAUAGUCAAAACACUCCAUCUCCGCCACCAGGCUUGACUCCUGUUGAAGUCCAUGUUAAUGGCAUGCAAUCAGAGAGUAAAAAAGGCUCACCUUCUUUAAACGGUCAUGUGAAGACCUCAAAUAUCAAGUACGCUGCACUGUCUGCCACUUCGCUAGGAGAAAAUGUAUUAAGCACAAACCACAGUGAUCCAGUAAGACAAACAAGUAGUCAUGGUGCCUCUGAACAAGUAGCUGCCAAGUCAAAUAGUGCAGAAGGUUGCAAUGAUGCUUUUGUAGAAGUGGGCAUGCCAAGAAGUCCAUCCCAUUCAGCAAAUACCAGUGAUCUGAAGCAGAUGAUGAGCUCUUCCAAACAGGCCUGUGCUAAGAGACAAACGGUUGAAUUACUUCAAGGCACCAAAAACUCUCACUUGCAUACCACAGAGAGACUGCUCUCAGAUGCAGAGCUAAGUGCUUCUGAAAGUCCCAUGGCUGAUAAAAAGGCUCCUGGAAGUGAACGGGCAGCAGAGCGAGCUGCAGCUGCCCAGCAGAACUCUGAAAGAGCACGUCUAGCUCCACAGCCGUCAUAUGUAAAUAUGCAGGCAUUUGACUAUGAACAGAAGAAGCUACUAGCAACCAAAGCUAUGUUAAAGAAGCCAGUUGUAACGGAAGUGAGAACUCCAACGAAUACAUGGAGUGGUUUGGGGUUCUCUAAAUCUAUGCCUGCAGAAACUAUCAAGGAACUAAGAAGAGCAAAUCACGUAUCGUACAAGCCAUCUAUGACAACUACAUAUGAGGGUUCAUCGAUGUCUCUCUCACGGUCCAACAGUCGGGAGCACCUGGGAAGUGGCAGUGAAUCUGAUAACUGGAGAGACCGUAAUGGGCUUGGACCCACAGGUCAUAAUGAAUUUGUCUCCUCAAUUGGCAGCCCCAAACGGAAACAAAAUAAAUCAGCUGAACACUAUCUCAGUAGCAGUAAUUACAUGGACUGCAUUUCCUCGCUGACAGGAAGCAAUGGCUGUAACCUGAACAGUUUGUUUAAGGGAUCUGAUCUGCCUGAGCUGUUCAGCAAACUUGGUUUGGGCAAAUACACAGAUGUAUUCCAACAGCAAGAGAUUGAUCUGCAGACAUUCCUUACUCUUACUGAUCAAGAUUUGAAAGAGUUAGGAAUUACCACUUUUGGUGCCAGAAGGAAAAUGCUGCUUGCAAUCUCAGAACUGAAUAAAAACCGAAGAAAGCUCUUUGACCCAUCAAACAUACGUGCCUCAUUCCUGGAAGGUGGAGCUAGUGGAAGACUGCCGCGUCAGUAUCAUUCGGACAUUGCUAGUGUUAGCGGUCGCUGGUAGCAGUAAGUUGUGGCUCAAAAAGUCAGAUGUAAAGAUGGACAUGGCAAUCCUGUGGACAGCCUUCACUGCACACCACCCUCUGCACUUUGGGAGUUUGGGUGUCAAGGACCAAAGCAUUUUGUCUGCACAAUACUGUGCCAAAAAAACAGAGAAAACACAUUUUGUCUGUUGUCUUUCAAAACACCAAAUGUGGGUGACGUUUUACUCGUGUAGAUUGGACAGAAUCUGCAAUAAUAAUAAUAUAGGGUUCUUUGUUUAGUAUUUUAUUACCUAUAACUAUAAUGUAUGCACUGAAUUUUUACUUUGUUGAAUGAAGGAAGAAUGAAGAGCUGGGAUGCCAGAGAGCAUAGAUUUUGGUUUUAUCAAGAUGGAUUUUUCUGGUACUGCUUAAAAUAAUUAUUGAGGUCUUUCUGCACUUUACAUGUUCUGAUUUCUUGUCCUGUGGAAAUUUAUUUCUCUCUUUCAUUUCCAUAUCAAUUUUUAUAUUGGCACUAAUCAAAUUUUUUUCAGGUGUUCCUGCAUUAAGUCACAUCUCACUAUAAUGGUACUAGAAACUGGUUCUUAGGCAGAUUUUUCCCUCUCUCUGUCUCCCCAGUAGUUAUCGAAGAGAUUGUUCCAAAAUCAAGCCACAUAGUAGUGGACCAGUCCUGUUAUGCUCUUAGGAAGCAGUCUAAUGCUGCUUGCAAUAAUACUCACUUGCUGUAACAGAUGCAAUGAAAGACCAAAAUGGACCUUGCAAUAUUAACCCUUUGCAGUCAUCAUAUUUAACUGCUGCCUGUUAUGCUAAAACUGUUUUUAAUGGUUGUCUCAAAGCAAAGGGCUAUUUUUAGUACCCUGCCACUAAAGGACACUUAUUUAUAUCAGACUUUUAUUUUUAGAUUCUAUACACCUACAAUACGUAACAGAUUAAACUGAUCUACUGCAGAUUUAUGGUAGAGAAUGAAAGGCAUUCAUCAAACUAGAGCUCUGGGUUGUCAGUUUGAUUAAACAGACAACUAAUCUAAUUUGACAAGACAGCACUGUUGCCAUUUAAUAAAUGACGCAUAUUACUUACAUGACUAUGCAUGCAGCAAUUAAGCGACCUACAUAAAAUAGGUGUAAUAGCAUCUGUUUUGUUCAAUCUAGAUUUGUAAUUGUCAGCUGCAGAAGUGUUUAAAACUCUGGAGAUGAACUAUUUCUGAAACAAGUUAUGUUCAACAGAGAGUCCAUAUUAUAAGUGGCUAGAGCUAACUGUUGCAUUCUUAUACUGUGAAAGUCCAAAUAAUUUGGCAAUGUUAUUCCUCUGUCUUUGCAGAUGUCUUGUUAUGGGUUUAUGAAGGGUUCUGGUAUAAUGAAGGAAUUCAUAAAGUGCCUCUUUCUGCAAUGCAAUAUGAAGUUUCCAAGCAUUAAUUUGUUGAAAAGCAUUCCCAUAAGAGAUAUUGUGAAUUACCUCUACUGUAAUGUAUUAUUUAUGUUCAGUGUACAAGCCUUUUGAGAUGGACAUAAACCACUGUCAAGUGCUCUUAACAGAAGGCAUUAGAAAAACAUUUACAGUAGUUGGUUUUUAUGUAAAAAUGGGUGAGAAAUAGUUUUGACACUUUCCAUGGAUAAUUCUUUAAGGUGAGAAUACAAAAUGAUGUAUAGAGAAAUUUGCACACACAAAGGGAAUUUAAAGAAACUAUUACUUGAGGGCAUAGAUGAUCAAGCAAUAAUAUGAAGUCUUCUUGCGGUUAGCAAAAAAUAACUGCUCAGUACUCAUUUCAGCCAUAUCUACUUAAUGGUGUAUAACUCGGUGACUUCCCCUGUAGAUCAAGUAGCAGUUAGCUUCCUCUGGUUUUAAAAUUGUGCUGCAGAUCUGAAUGGGUAAAACUGCAUCUUGUACGCACACAGUUGUUCACAUCAAAGUUACUGUGCUCAAAUGCCAAAAGUCAAUAUCCACAUAUCUAUGAGAUAUUUGUGUGUAUGUGUGUUACACAGGCAAGAGCAACUUCAUGGAAACCCUUGUGGAAGCCACAACUUCUAAUUCUAAAACUAUUUACACUUGUGCUUACUUCUAAGCAUGUAGAUAGUUCCAUUCACAUGGACUACUUAUGUGCUUACAGAUAAGCUGUCAUUUAAAUGUUUGCAUUUGCAAAACCAGUGUUUGCAAAUCAAAUUGUAUUGUCAUGUUAAUUUUAUAAAAUAUUUUUAAUGAAAUAUAUAUUCAGCAACACUUUGUACAGAAUUUUCUGCAACCCCUUCUCGCUUAUUUUGCCUAAACUUAAAAGCAUCAAAAAACCUUUACACUCCUGAAUUUUUAGUCUUUAGUUAAGUACAUGCUAUGUAUCUAGACAAUACUAUACUCAGAAACUGAUUUUAUUACAGUAUUAAGUUGAUGUGGUCUUUUGCUGAGCAGUGCUUAUAUCAUCUACACCAAAGUGAAGAAUUUCCCAUUAAGAACGUUAUUUUUCAAUAGGGCUUCACACAAAAAAGAACACACUGGAAGAAAAAAAUUUCUCACUUAUUUUGAUUCCACAAAGGGAAUAUGACAGUACCAUAUUGUUAGUGUUACAUUAUGCACAAAUAUUUGACUUGCUACAUAAAAAUGUUAGUUUUAAAUCUGUGCCUUAAUAGUGACCAGUUAUCUGUAAAUAUAGAGCAGAUACAGAUUGUAUUUUUGUGGGUUGUGUCCUUUUAGUGAUUUUUUUAAAAUAAAAGAUGAAAUUAAAACAUUAAAAAUGGGAAUUUUCAAAACUAAUCAGUGUUGCAUAAAAUAAAUUUAUAUAACUCCCUUGUAUUCUGAUUGGUUACUGAAGUAUUUUUAUAUAGACCCAGUUCCAGGGAUGCUUGCUUGUUAAUAAAAUAUGAAAAGCAGUA